AUGUAUCCAUAAAUUCGUAAUUGUCUUGAACAUUCGGGAUUCAAGUUCAUUUGAAUAGACCAAUUCCACAAUAAUAGGAAUAAACUGAAUAUUUUUACAAUGAAAGUUUCAAGUUUUUUAAGAAGUACUGGGAUUAAAUGCAUUUUUUUGAUGUUAGUUAUUUGCACUUCCAAGGUUAAUUCUGAUGAAAAAAAUAUAAAUAAGCUUCUUAACAAUCAAGUGAUUGUCAGCAGGCAAAUUAUGUGCGUUUUGGAGAAAAGUCCUUGUGAUCAAUUGGGAAGGCAGCUUAAAGCCGCCUUACCAGAAGUUAUCUUAAGGAACUGUCGCAAUUGCUCACCUCAACAAGCUCAAAAUGCGCAAAAAUUAACAAAUUUUUUGCAAACUAGAUACCCGGAUGUGUGGGCUAUGCUUCUUAAGAAAUAUCAAAACGCUUAGAACGGAUAUCUUCCAAUAGAAAUACCAACUGCUAAAAACAACCAAACUUCAUUUUUAUAUGAUAUUUUUAACUAUGGCUUUUAAAAAUUAGUCGGAAUAAACAUGUCUUACUAAAGGUGUAACUUGGUAUCAACUUCUACCAACUCUAUGUUGUACAGAUAUAGUUUAUUAGGUGGAAAGAACUAUAACAUGUGGCUUCCAAACAGCUUUUGUUCUUACACAUUUGUGUAUGUACACUAAUUUUUACCCAAAAAAAUUAAUACUUAAAAA